CUCUACGGCUACAAGAAUGUAGUUGUACGCCAGCUCUUUUCAUGUCUGAAUCUAUAACCGGAAAGAUUUCAUGAUUGACAUUUAUAUCGCUUUUGUGGUCUAUCUCCCGCCUCAUAAAUGCCCACUCAGCUUGUCCUUUUGUUCCGGUAUCGGGGUCAACAGCUUGCCCUUGUCAACUGCGCUCUCUAGAUUGUGCAGCACCAACAGCUCCAUCUCUCUUUGUGUUUCAUAAGUGUUCGUGCCAAUAUGCGGCACAAUGAACGCUCGGUCAUUCUUCAAGAGUCCCUCCUCGACUUUUGGUUCUUCCUCAAAAACAUCCAGUCCCACCGACGAUACUUUUCCACUCUCUAGCGCUGCAACGAGAUCUUUCUCGUUGAUCAAGGCACCUCGAGCCGUAUUGACAAUGACCACGCCAUCCUUCAUCUUGGCAAUCUCUCGAGCGGAUAUGAUGUGACGAGUCUUAGCAUUGAGGGCGAGGUUGAGGCUGAGGACAUCGGACUGAGCGAGCAAUUCCUCAAAGCUGAGAUAUGUUGCACCGUCCUCCAACUCCGGCGACAGCCUGGAUCUGUUAUGGUAGGCAAUCUUCAUUCCGAAGGCUCGCGCACGCUUCGCCAUUGCCUAGAGAGUGUUAGUAGACGAUUGUCAGCCGCGGAUGGUCGUUGUCGUCUUACCCUGCCGAUACCACCCAUACCCAAAAUCCCAAGAGUCUUGCCCUUGGGAUCAUGUCCAAGAGGCGUGUUGCCUUUCCAUUUGCCCGCUUUGAUCGCCGUCAAAGGUAUCCACGCUUGUCGGAGGGCGCCUAACAGCAGGAAAAUACCAACAUCAGCCGUUGCAUCGUCGACCGCAAUCGGAGUGCUGGAGACCCGGAGGCCUUUGUUUGUGCAUGCGUCCACAUCGAUAUUGUCAUAGCCCGCUCCGUUGUGACAAAUGUAUCUCAAAGAUUUGGGAAGCGCAGCCACCAGCUCUUGGUCAAAAGGUCCUGUCUGGGAGGUCGACGUAUUGGAACGAUACAAGGCAACAACACCGUCGUAUUCGCCCGAUUUGCAGUUGGCCAGGAACUGCUCUCGCGUGCCCUUGCGGAAUUCUUUCAGCUCAUAUUUUGAGCUGAAUGCCUCCCACUCUUUGUUGGUAUGGGUCAGGUCCCCGAUCAAUAGAACUGUUGGUUUGGACAUUAUGGCGGGACGAUGCUGUUGUUUGGGAGGAUCGAGGACAGUCCGGUGGAGGAGCUAUGGAACGAUAUCCGCAGUCAGGCACGUGUAAUGACUUUUUUUCCUCCAGCGCUGGCACCUAUCGAGUUCGCAGGGAGUUUGUCCGAACUCAAUAAUGGGAACUGCUGCACUUGUUGAUGCUUCGGCGUUUGAGGGCCGACACCCCGCACGUGCCGCGCCCCCCAAAUGCCGACCUGGGCGCGUUGCCCUCGAACCACUAUUUGCCCGACGCGCAAUUGGCUGAUUCUAACCCCCACUGUCUCCCACCACUGAGCCCCCACGAGCAACAGCCAAUAAAAAUGAGUCGUUUAAUGGAGCCUCGCCGAAAAUUGCUGCAUACAGACACUAUCACAUCGGGCAAUCGUACCGGCCAGGGUCUCUUUCACCCGCAAAGUCGGAGAAAACCACUCAUAUAUGCGCGGGGCCAAUCCAUCUCGAGAUAUUCAGUUUUUCCCCAAGAAACGGCUGCAUGUGCUGGAGUGAAUGCUCGCCUUGAAACCCGCCGGUCUCGUUGUUGUGCAUGGGCUGUAAUUGGAUCCGAGUGACAUGAUAUAUACGACUGAUUGAAAGAACAAUAACAAUUUUGCAAGUCUGGAUUUCCAGUUCACCGACAAAAUGGCUCGUUCAGACAGUGUACGAGCCCUUGUGCUACAUGGCGCAAAAGACCUGAGAUUGGAAACGAGGCCACAACCUACACUUCGUCCAGGCGAGGUCGAAGUAGCAAUCAAGGCCACUGGACUUUGCGGAUCAGACUUGCAUUACUACCACCACGGGCGGAAUGGUGCCUUUGUCAUACAAGCGCCCCUUGUCCUCGGACACGAAGCAUCUGGUGUGGUCACUGCUGUGGCCGAGACGCAGAAUGGAACCACCAAUGGCUCUCUUCCAUCAUCAAGUCUCAAGGUUGGAGAUCGAGUAGCCUUGGAAGUCGGCAUUCCUUGUCGGUCAUGUACAUUAUGCACCACCGGCCGGUACAAUUUAUGUCCCAAGUUGUCCUUUCGAUCCUCAGCAAAGACCUUUCCCCACGCCGACGGCACCCUACAGACGGUCAUCUCGCAGCCGGCUAGCAUGUGCCACCUCCUCCCAGAAAACGUCACCUUCGAAGAGGGUGCCCUCGUUGAGCCCUUGGCCGUUUCACUACACGGGAUCAACCGAAGUCAGAGCGCGGGUUCGGGUGCAGGCGUGCCCUUGAUUGGCUCCACUGCUCUGGUUCUUGGAGCAGGAGCCGUGGGAAUGCUGACGGCAGCUGCGCUGGCUGUAGCUGGAGUGUCACAAAUCACAAUUGCCGACAUUGACGCCCCAAGAUUGAAGAUUGCUGCUGGCCUGGCGGGCGGAAGAUUCAAACUGAAGACUUUUCUGAUACCCCGUAAAGCACCAGCGCCCACGAUUGAGGAGACUUUGGCUGGCGCACAAGAUUUGGCCAGCGACAUCGGCAAGUCUGCUGGACUGGAGUCUGGCUUUGACCGAGUAUUUGAAUGCACGGGCGUUCCGUCUUGCGUUCAGACGGGCAUCUUUGCAGCUACGGCAGGUGGAAAGUUGGUGCUUGUUGGCAUGGGUACCCCGACACAAACUCUGCCAUUGGGCGCGGCGGCACUGAGAGAAGUUGACAUUAUUGGUGUCUUUAGAUACGCCAACUGUUACCCUGCCGCUAUCGCACUGUUCGCCAGUGGACAGUUGGAGGGCGUGGCCCGAGAUCUUGUUACACACCACGUGGCCCUGGCGGAUGGAGAGAAAGCGUUCAGACUCGCGGCGAACCAGGCGAAAGACGGAGAAGACGAAGGCAGAGUGCCUGUGAAGGUGGUCAUUACUUCAUGAGCAGAACCUGCAAUAUCGACUGAAUGCCAUUAAUGCCAACGGAUUGGCCUGUGUGGCAUGCACGUGAUACCCUCAGCGCCAUUCCAGCAAUCGACGACACGUGCUUUCUGAUGUCGAUUUGAAACAUUGUGUUUCUAUACUUAUCUAGUAAUAAUAGUAGUCAGCGAUGGGGAUGGGCAGCCUUCAUAGUAUCAGGCUACGAAGAUCGCCAGGCUGAAACACGUCUCGGCUGCAGGCGGACGGUGUGUUCCGAAGCGCGUCGCACGGCAGCGGUUACUAGUAUCUGACACUUUCCUGCCUUGCACUGCUCCGACAUGAACCAUUGUACAUGAACAGCAUGAUGAGCCAGCUCGUCGACUUCUAGAUGAACCUGAAGGACACACAUCUACUCGACGUCUGGAAGAAUAAUCCGGCGCAGCUUUGAACUUGAACCUCAAACUGUGCCGCAUCUUGGACAGGUGACGUCAACAAACGCGGCGGCCUGCGCCGGAUGUUGCUUUGACUACAGCUUGGAAUAACUUCCUAGGUAU